AUGUCCUCAACCCCAAGCACCCUCUCCCUCACCCACACUCACUCCCUCCCCCCCAACGCCCUCUCAAUCCUAACCCCCAGCUCCCCCGCAACCUCCCAGUCAAGCCCAAUCACAGACCCGCCCCCCUUCUUCGCCCUCUUCCACGACUUCACCUUCAAGCCGCGCGCAUCCCUCAUCGACGAAUUCAACCGUCUCGCCCACCUGCGCAACUGGUCCAACAAGGGCCCCGUCCGCCGCUGGAUGUGGAACUUCCUCCUCCGCGGCGAGUUCAAGCGGCUGGUGCUGCGCGCGCAGGACGGAAAAGCAGUCCCGGGCCCCGUGUUGGCUGAUUGGCAGGGGCUGUGUGUGGAGGUUGGGGUUGGGGGUGAGGAGAGGAGUAUUAGGAGGUGUAAGAAGGCCCUCGCAGAAGUUUACAUCAACCUCGUGGACCUCCUCGAGUAUCGACGUCUGGGGACCCCGCUGAAACGUUUUCCGGACCUGGGCGCCUUGAUCCGGUAUACGCGGCAGACGGGCAAGUUUGUGAGUCGGGAGCUGGUGAAGGGGGAUCCGAUGGUCAAGGUGUUGUUGAGGAGAUUGCGUUGA